CACUCRGCUCACAGCAGUGCUGAGUGCGGGGCAGGAGGCUCAGCUUUGUCAUCUUAGUUUGGACGCGAACAACAUCAGCUGUGACAUCCAAAACUACCCCUCCUGCAGCCACCAUGGUGGCCAAGGAUUAUCCCUUUUACCUGACAGCCAAGAGGGCAAACUGUGCCCUGGAAGCACAGGCAGCGGCCAGCCCAGCUAAAGAGACAGAGGAGCCGAGCACCAAGCGGGUGAAGCCUCUUUCCCGAGUUACGUCGCUAGCAAGCCUCAUUCCUCCCGUACGGACCACUCCCCUGAAGCGCUUCAGCCAGACGCUUCAGCGUUCCAUCAGUUUCCGUAGUGAGAGUCGCCCAGAUCUGCUGAGUCCACGACCGUGGUCUCGAAAUAUGCCUCCAGCUAACACCAAGCGAAGAGACAGCAAACUGUGGAGCGAGACCUUUGAUGUUUGUGUCAAUCAUAUGCUUACAUCUAAAGAAAUCAAGCGCCAAGAGGCUAUAUUUGAACUCUCCCAGGGAGAAGAAGACUUGAUAGAAGAUCUGAAGUUAGCAAAAAAGGCAUAUCGUGACCCUAUGCUUAAACUUUCCAUAAUGACAGAGCAAGAGUUGAACCAAAUUUUUGGAACACUGGACUCUUUAAUUCCUCUACAUGAAGAUCUUCUAAGGCGGCUUCAAGAAGUCAGRAAGUCUGAUGGAUCAACAGAACAUGUUGGCCAUAUUCUUGUGGGUUGGCUUCCUUGCCUAAACUCCUACGAUAGUUACUGCAGCAAUCAAGUAGCAGCCAAAGCUUUACUGGAUCACAAAAAACAAGAUCACAGAGUGCAAGAUUUCCUACAGCGGUGCUUAGAGUCUCCGUUUAGUCGCAAGCUGGACCUUUGGAAUUUCCUUGACAUCCCAAGAAGCCGGUUGGUUAAGUACCCCUUACUGCUCCGAGAGAUUUUGAGACAUACACCAAAUGAUCACCCAGAUCAGCAGCACCUUGAAGAAGCUAUAAAUAUAAUCCAGGGUAUAGUGGCUGAAAUCAACAUAAAGACGGGUGAAUCUGAAUGCCAAUACUACAAAGAAAGACUUAUUUAUCUUGAAGACGGCCAAAGGGACUCACUGAUUGAUAAUUCGCGUGUUGUGUGCUGCCACGGUGAACUGAAGAAUAACAGGGGAGUGAAACUACAUGUCUUCCUCUUUCAAGAAGUGCUGGUAAUUACUCGAGCUAUCACCCAUAAUGAACAGCUCUGCUACCAGCUCUACCGGCAGCCAAUUCCAGUGAGGGAUCUUGUGCUGGAAGAUUUGCAAGAUGGAGAGGUGCGAGUGGGUGGAUCCAUCCGUGGUGCAUUUAGCAACAAUGAGAGAAUCAAAAACUUCUUUAGAGUCAGCUUCAAAUGUGGAUCUCAAAGCCAGUCUCACUCACUACAAGCCAAUGACUCCUUCAACAAACAGCAGUGGCUUAACUGUAUCCGACAGGCCAAAGAGAAGGUUACAUGUGCAGGAAAAGCCAGAGUGCAGAACUUGGAAGCACAUUUUCUUUUGUCACCAAAUGGAAGCAGAGUAUCCCAGGGAGAAACCAGCCUUGAGCAAAUGGACCAAUCAGACAGCGAGUCAGACUGUUGUAUGGACACCAGUGAGAACAACAUCGACUGUGAACGCAUGGAACAGACAAACUCUUGUGAAAGUGAAAAACAAUUAGAAACUGAUGUUUGACAAAAAUUAAAGCUCAUGGAAGAAAGCCUGUGUCUUACCUGUACAGUAUUUGCAUUCCAUACAUGGAACCCUUUGGAGAAGCACUUUUGAAAUAUUCUUUGUGACAGUGUCAACGCAGUCCUCCUUGUAUUUGUACCUAUGAGUGUAGUACUGUAUCUGCCAAUCUGUGUAAGCUGGAGUCUCUUGCAGCUCAUAUCCUGUGAUUAUAUUCCAUAAACAUCUAAGGUGGAUGAAAGAGGUACUUGACCAGUUAUUCUCAAAGUCCUACUGUAAACAGAAUCUCUAAACUACUGUUUAGUUGUGCAUUACAUAGUGGGKUUUUUUUUGUAGUUUGUAAAGUGCUUUAUUUGCACUUUAAUCUUGCAGCUGAUAACAUGGACUUAAUAUAGGGUUUCAGGAUGGCUAUCAAAAUCAUAAGUUUUCACAAAGGCCUACAAGAAAAUUUUUUUUUUUUUUGGGAGGGGAGGGCCGGGAGAAAGCAAAAUAUCUUUCASUAACCUAUGCCCCUCUUGUUGGAUUAAAUGAGCUAGAAAUAUAGAUGGCGGGCCAUAUAACCAUGGGUUCUAAAGGGGUUCGUUUUUCAAAAUGAAGAACUUGAACCAAAAACCAUUAACCAACAUUAGUCUGUUCAGUUAAAGUAGGUGGCAUAAUGCCAUCAUCAAAGCACGUAAUGCUAAAAAUAAUCAACUGAAAAGCUACAGUUAGCACUGAAUUAAAUCAAAUGCUGCAAAUACUAGCUAUUUGUAAAUGAGUUGCUAGUUUUCCUUCAGUGCCAUAUAUAUCUUUAUUACCCCAAAAGAACAAAAACUAAGGAAGCCUCUGCUUGUGAAUAGGCCCUCUUCAGCAUUUUGCACUCUGAUGACUUCUUGGUUUCAAUACCACUAAAGUAAUUUUAAAACAAUUAAGUUUCUGUAAAUGACUGUUUACA